UCUCUCUUUCUGGCAGGUUUGCAUAGCUGAGGGAAUAAGCUGCUCUAUUUUUGGAUUUCAUAGUGGCCAUUUUCCUCCCGUCUCGCUUUUUUUUUUUGUUUUUGUUUUUAGUUUUUUUUUUUAGUUUUUGCUUUUUUUGUUUUGUUUUUCUGAGCGUCGAUUUCGGGUUUUCAGACUUUAAUACGCGUUGCCAUGUUUAUGUCUGAGGGAGCUUCGUCCGAGCUGCUGUGAGCAUCCACAGAUCGUCGCCUCUCAAUGGAAGACAUCUUUCCCCUGGCUGCGAGCGAAGGAGCGAAGCGAAUAUUUUUGCGUCAGUGUUCCCGUCACAGACGAGCGAGGGACCCUGUUUUAAUGAAGAUUUGAUUAAAAAAAAAAAAAAGAAGAAGAAGAAGGGGGGAAAAGGGGGAAGAGAGGAGACAUUUAUUACCAGGGACCGAGCAGUUUUCACGCCCUGGACCCUGGGCUGCUCUCGUCUAGCGGCGUGGAUACCCGUUUCAGAUAUUUAUUUAUUUGUUUAUUCCUUUUUUUUGGGCCACAUUUGCCAAGCAGCAGAGUGGUGGGGGGUCAAGGUGUGAUACAUGGAUUUCACAAGAAGAGUCCAUUGAUUAAAGGUUCAAGUGAGACACUUUGACCCCCUUAAGGCUCUUUGUUUAGACCAAUCAAAGAGCUCUCCCCCCCUCUUCCCAAUACUUCCCAGCGCCCCUCCGCUGCUAACCCCCACCAGGCAUCAUGGGUACGGUGCUCUCGCUGUCCCCCAGCUACCGCAAGGCGGCCCUGUUCGAGGACGGCCCGGCCACCGUGGGCCACUACACGGCCGUCCAGAACAGCAAGAACGCCAAGGAUGCGGCGGCAGCCGCCGCCAAGUCCCUCAAACGCCCGUCCAUCAUCAGCGUGCUGCCGUGGAAGCGGAUCGUGGCCGUGUCGGCGAAGAGGAAGGGCUCCAAGAAGCUGCAGUCGGAAGCCGGGGAUGGCGGGAAGGGCAGCUCCCCGGACGGCAACGCGGCCGCCACGGCCAACUCGGCCUCCAACAGCCUGAAGCUGAAGAAGUCCCAGUCCUGCGCCAACCUCGCGUCCUACUCCUCCGGCCAGGACCCCUCAGCCACCAGCACCACUACCUCCUCCCACCUGCCCACCUCCAAGACCCUGGCCAACGUAGCUACCGUCGUUGCCAAAAAGAAUUCCCUCACAGGCUCCGGAGUCCAAGCCUCCACCGCCGCUGGCACGCCGAAGCGCGUCAUCGUCCAGGCUUCCACUAGCGAGCUGAUGCGCAGCCUGGGCGAGUUCCUGUGCCGCCGCUGCUACCGACUGAAGCGCCUCUCCCCGACGGACCCGGUGCUGUGGCUGCGCAGCGUGGACCGCUCCCUCCUGCUCCAGGGCUGGCAGGACCAGGGCUUCAUCACUCCAGCCAACGUGGUCUUCCUCUACAUGCUGUGCCGCGACGUGGUCUCGGCCGAGGUGGCCUCGGAGCGCGAGCUGCAGGCCUCGCUGCUCACCUGCCUCUACCUGUCCUACUCGUACAUGGGCAACGAGAUCUCCUACCCGCUCAAGCCCUUCCUGGUGGAGGCCGAGAAGGAGGCCUUCUGGGACCGCUGCCUGGAGAUCAUCAACCGGAUGAGCGGCAAAAUGCUGCAGAUCAACACCGACCCGCACUUCUUCACCCAGGUGUUUGCCGACCUGAAGAACGAGAGCAAGAAAGAGGAGGAGAAGACCAAGCUCCUCAUAGGCCUUGACCGAUAAGCGGGAGCUGGGAGCGGGGGGUGGGGGGCGGGGAGGAAGGAAGGAAGGAAGGAAGGAUGGGUAGGGAACAGGUUGAGGACAGGAAUGUGAUGCAGUGUAGCGCCACCUUGGAGAGGUGCUGUUGUCUGGCGUCUCUGCAGAUUUACGGCCGACCAAAUUUCCCGCUUUGUAUCCGAAGAGGAAGGUUUUUAAACUGGGCAGUUGAGUUAAUGAGGCGUGUGAGCGUCAACAGGCUUCCAGGCGGCGAGCGAUCUGUAGCGACCGACGGCGCCACAGCAAAGCAGAUAAAAUCGAGGUUCUUCCCGCAUCGUUUGACGAGCUACUCGCUGCCAUUCCAAAAUCCCCGGGGGGGAUGUCGAGCUUUAGAAGCCGGAGAUACGUUCAACGUAGCUGACGACACCUACAAGGAAAGCGAUGUUUCCUCUAAGGCCUGGUCGGCUCGGUCCCCAGCGCGACACGAGAUAGUGGUAUCCAGAGACGUGCAUCAGUCUGACCUGCACCUUGUUUUAUCCAGAGAAGUGAUCUGACAUCUGCUCUGACAUUUGUCUUUAUCGUGCUUUGGUAAAAAAAAAUAAAAAUGUCAGAGACGCCAGACAACAAACACAAACACACACACACACACACAUCUAUAUAUAUAUAUAUAUAUUUAUAUAUUUAGCAUUCAUUCUCAUACGUCCUUGCACUCGACCACAUGCUUAUUGCCAACUCCACUUCCCCUUAGCCCCGCCCGCGCUUUUCGCAUUCACCAGAAGUGGUUUCCGUGAGGUCCCACUGUCGUAAAAGAGCAUUAACUAUUUGGCGUAAUUGUUCCGUCGCGGAUUAGUCGUCCCAUUGACGUGUUAUGUAAAGUGCUGUGCUUGCGAGGGAACGUUUGGGCUUAUCCAGUCGGAUAUUUUAGCGAUUGGGUAUGAAAACGCUAAUCCCUCGGGGCAGAGGACGAAUCAUCAUUUAAUAAAAGCCCUCCUGUAAGCUGUUUACAUUCACAAAAAAAUAAAUAAAAACUUGAAAAAUGGGAAAAUGCAAUACUGACAACCCCCAGCAGAGCGUAUUUUACACAGGGAAUUAUCUAAUUGCUUUCUCUUUCGCCCCGUGCGCUGUUUCUCUUCUGGUCCAUGUUGGCGCCGAGUGCGGGGGAAUGUGUGAAACGGAAAGAAAGGAAGAAAGAUUUAAAAAGGUUUAAAAACACAGCACUUCUGCCGUCUGUUAUGGCGAACAUUUCCUGAGAUGGGGUCACGUGGUCGGCCUCAGCCAAUGCCUGCCCGCGUCAGAACCGGGAAACUUGAUCGUGCGCCUCCCAGGAGUGGAGAGGGGCAGGUUGCCGCAAGUGUACACGUGACUUUUCUUCCAAUAACGAGGCUUUGACGUUGCUGUCGUCCCUCGGGAACCAGAGACCUUGGCUGCUGCUUGGACUCCCCCCCCACCUCCAUCACACACACACACACACACAUAUAUAUACACCCACCUUUCCUCUGCUCAUUGCUUUAUACAGCAACUCGGACAAACUAAAGCAACAAAUACUCUCCCGUCUGGUUUGAACUGGUCAGGUCCCGUCCGGUGCCGUCCAGUCGUCCCAUAUUUAGAGACUCUGUUCCCGGCUCACGUAUUCACCGAGCCGUUCGACAUGCAUGUGUGAUUCUAUAGGUUUCCUAGCAUGCUGCUUUGCGUUGGGCGCGCCCAGGGACUGAGCGGCCGCCGUGCUGAACUGAACUGAACUGAAAGCUAGGCUGAGUGAUGUGACAUCCAGGUGACUCUCCGACUGGAGGGGAGGGGAGUCGAGGGAAAUAUGUGAAAAGUUUGGCCUUUGGCUGCGGGCCACACGAGUCGAGUGCAAUCCACAAUUCUUGGUAACAUGGUGCUUAGCAGGCUAAAAUAAAAAAUAAAAAAAAGCCAAGGAAUAUUAAAUAGUUGCAAUUUUGGGAUUUUGGUCCAUAAAAAGCCCCGGAUUCAUUCAGAAGUUUGGGUCAAUUUGACUGCAUAUUGAAGGGGUACUCCAUUAACUUCCUUCCCAUUAAGCUUUAAAAUGGCAGGAUCCUACACUUCCCAACUAAUUUGGAUCUCAAAUUCGACUCCUGGAGGCUCUCUUCUUUUAAUCCCGACCACUACUACAACAGAUGACGCAAUCCGUGUUCACUUUCAAACCUUUUAAAGCACCUCUGCAGCCGUUUUGUGCCCUUUGUCACAUGUAAACUCACUCACGCGUGGAUUGUUUUUGUGGGAUUCCCCUUCAGCGUAAAGGAAUUAUGUGCAAUUGUUACAAUGUUAUCGUUGGUAACACAAAAAAAGAAAGAAAGAAAGAAAGAAAAAAAAGGAGGCGUCUCGCACGUUCCCUCCGGAGAGACUCUUCUAACCUGAGGAUGUCGUAUCACAAAGUCUAACCGUAGCCAACUUGAACUUUUUUGAAAAACACCUCUGCCUUUUCAGGCGGGGCAGAGAUCUUGUGCCAUAUCAUUAUAAAGACUUCAUUAUUCAUACAGAAAAAAAACAAAAAAACAAAAAAAAGAAAA